UUGAGCAUGGUCUUCAGUGUCCUCAGAUCGUGGCAUGUGCUCAGCAAACUGUUGGAUGUCAGCUUUUUAUUAAUUUCGAUUCACAAUUCUAUCAAAUGACCGAAACAGCUGAAAUCCAAUGACCAUGGCUAGUGAAUUAGCAAAGAAAAUACUUGAUCACAUAGCGAAUAAGGGCGAUGGUAUUAAUACAUUGUUGCUUGCUGAAACCUUUGGGGAAGAUCAUCAGAAAAUAAUUGGAGCUGUCAAAAGUCUUCAAACUCUCGACAAUGUCAUUUCUGUGGAACAAUUGAAUCAAAAAAGCUGGGAAUUGACGUCGGAGGGUCAGCAGGUAGUUGAAAAUGGGAGCCACGAAGCUGCGGUUUACCGUGCAGUACCGGAGAGUGGUAUAGCACAAUCAGAAAUAAUGAAAACUGUUCCCAAUGCUAAAGUAGGAUUUUCAAAAGCCUUAGUAGCUGGCUGGAUUGAAUUAGACAAAAGCAGUGGUGCACCAAUUGUCAAGAGAAAGGUUCUAUCUAUUACGGAUACGAUUCAACUCCACUUGAAAGAUGUAGCUAGUAUACCAGAUAAUUUGAAAGCAGACUACAAAAAGCGAAAACUUCUGCAAGAAGUAGUAACAAAGAUCAUGGUGUUAUCAAAAGGCCCGCAAUUUGUGACUAAUGUAGAAAAGCAAGAAGCCGAUUUAACCGCAGAUUUGUUGAUGAAUGAUUCUUGGAAACAAAAGAAGUUCAAGCCAUACAAUUUUGACGCUCUCGGUGUCGCUCUUGACAUAGGCCAUCUUCAUCCUCUGUUAAAAGUUAGGGCUGAAUUUAGAAAAAUCUUUCUUGAAAUGGGCUUUUCGGAAAUGCCCACGAAUAAUUUUGUAGAGAGUUCAUUCUGGAAUUUCGAUGCAUUAUUUCAACCUCAGCAACAUCCAGCUCGAGAUGCUCACGAUACUUUUUUCAUAUCUGAUCCCAAAACUAGCUCGAAUUUCCCGAUGGAUUACUUGGAGAGUGUAAAAAAAGUGCACAGCAAAGGUGGUUAUGGGUCACAGGGUUAUCGUUAUGAUUGGAAAAUUGAGGAGGCUCAAAAAAACUUACUUCGUACCCACACGACUGCCGUUAGUGCUAGAAUGCUCUACAAACUCAUGCAGCAAGGCGAGUUCAAACCUGUACGUUACUUCAGCAUAGAUCGAGUCUUCAGAAAUGAGACAUUAGAUGCAACACACUUGGCAGAGUUUCACCAGGUUGAAGGUGUCGUUGCUGACUAUAACUUGACCCUCGGUGACUUAAUAGGAACUCUUUACGAGUUUUUCAAAAAACUUGGAAUUACUCAGCUCGAGUUCAAGCCUGCUUAUAAUCCCUAUACCGAACCGAGCAUGGAAAUAUUCUGCUUCCAUAACGGCCUAGGAAAAUGGAUUGAAAUUGGAAAUAGUGGAAUUUUCAGACCAGAGAUGCUGUUGCCAAUGGGGCUGCCCAAAGAUGUCAACGUCAUUGCAUGGGGUUUGUCCCUGGAAAGGCCUACGAUGAUCAAAUACGGAUUGAAUAACAUCCGCGAUUUAGUGGGACCAAAAGUCGAUCUGCAAAUGGUUCACAACAACCCGAUAUGUCGCCUUGAAAAGAAUGGGCCGAGAGUAAUCAACACAAAGAGAACAGCGGAGCUUUUGGAGAAGCGACUGGACAAGAUUCUUUUGGAUUUGGAGGAACUUCAACAAGAUUUCCCGAGAAUCCUUGGAUCACAAAAGUCUGUUGAAAAACGAAAUUUGGUGAUAUUCUGUGACCCAACUCGACCUUUAUACUCCGUCGAAAUUCUUCUAACGAUAAUCAGCAAAAUCUACAGCAUAUUCCUUACCGUACACACGCAUUCAACCGUAGGUGUACUUCCCCAAGGGCUUUUGGAAUUUUGUAAAAAAUCUGAGAAAGCAGCAAGCCCUGAAGCUUGCGAUAUCACAAUAACGAUUGUUUGGAAAUCUGUGGGAGUCGAUGCUAUUUUAAAAACAGAUCAGGCUCAUGAGUUAAUUGGAGAAGUGAAUAUUGCACGUUACUUGAAUCGUUUAAUAGAAUCACGAGACAAGAAUAUUUUGGAGUACGAAAAUGGCUCAUAUUCUUAUGCCGAUAAGAUAGAUACAGCGCUCGAUGAAAUUCAUAGAGCAAUACACAGCAACUCGAUAGAUGAGAUCACUUUACUUCACAGUAAAUCAAAAACUCGUUACAUUCUUGGCAACAAAAUAUCAGUCGUUGAUAUUGUCUGGGACUCCGUUAAAAAAAAUUAUAAAAAGUAAAUAUGUCAUAUCAUCCCCCGAUAUUUUUUCAAAGGUAUCUGUACUGGGUCUUUAUGAAUUCAAAGAAUAAACUAUGCUUCUUCCCGCUA